UCGCGGCGAGCUCAAGGGUCAACCUUCUCUGGAAGCCAUCAUGGCGGCGCUGGCUGGUUCCCCGUCCGCCCCUCUCCCGCCCAUGGCAACGGCCGCGCACAGCCCCGGCCCGCCCGGGUACCGGCCCUUCGAGCCCGAGGCGCUGGGCCUUAGCCCGAGCUGGAAGCUCACCGGCUUCGGGGAGCUGCGCGGCUGAGGCUGCAAAGUCCCCCAGGAGACGCUGCUCAGACUCCUGGAGGGACUCGGCGCGCCCCGCGCGGAGCUGGCCGGGGAGGGGGAGGCGGCCGACACCGGGACCCCCACGCCCACCCUCGGCAUUGGAAUGGACUCCUGCGUUAUCCCCCUGAGGCAUGGGGGUCUCUCCCUCGUACAGACCACAGACUUCUUUUAUCCCCUGGUGGAGGAUCCCUAUAUGAUGGGCCGCAUCGCCUGCGCCAACGUGCUGAGCGACCUGUACGCCAUGGGCAUCACCGAGUGCGACAACAUGCUCAUGCUGCUGAGUGUGAGCCAGAAGAUGACCGAAGAGGAGCGGGACAAAAUCAUGCCGCUGAUUAUCAAGGGCUUCCGGGAUGCAGCGGAAGACGGCGGCACCUCGGUAACUGGUGGGCAGACAGUCUUGAAUCCUUGGAUCAUCGUUGGAGGAGUCGCGACCGUGGUCUGUCAGCCCAAUGAGUUUAUCUUGCCGGAGAGCGCCGUUCCAGGGGACGUCCUCGUCCUGACCAAGCCUCUGGGGACGCAGGUGGCCGUGAGCGCUCACCAGUGGCUCGAUAACCCGGAGAAGUGGAAUAAGAUUAAGCUGGUGGUCUCCAAAGAAGAUGUCGAACUGGCCUACCAGGAAGCCAUGUUCAGUAUGGCCAUGCUGAACAGAACAGCUGCGAGUCUGAUGCACACGUUCAACGCUCACGCGGCUACAGACAUCACAGGCUUCGGCAUUCUGGGCCACGCACAGAACUUGGCCAAGCAGCAGCGCAGUGAGGUCUCCUUCGUUAUCCACAACCUGCCCAUCAUCGCAAAGAUGGCAGCCGUCAGCAAGGCCAGCGGCACACGGUCAAAGCUCCUGCAGGGGACGUCCCCAGAGACAUCUGGGGGGCUGCUGAUCUGCCUCCCCCGGGAGCAGGCCGCCCGCUUCUGCGCCGAGAUCAAAUCCCCCAAGUACGGGGAGGGGCACCAGGCUUGGAUCAUCGGCAUCGUGGAGAAAGGCAACCAGACCGCCCGCAUCAUCGACAAGCCCCGCAUCAUCGAAGUGAACCCCCGCGGGGCCACCGCCUCCCCCCAAGACAACAAUUCCAGCGCCAGCCCAGAAGCCACUUCUUGAAGCCGGAAGAACGGUUUUCGCCUCCCCAUCGCAGGCUCUCAGCUGAUACGGGCAGCGUAGGAGGCCCUCGGUCGCCGUGCAUUCACCACCUAUGGCACAGUGGUCUCUGGGGAGGGCGCCGUGUCCUUUCUGCCGGGCAAAGAGCAGCAGCUGGAUCCUUUCUGCCACGCGCGGGGUGGGGGAAACAGCAAUUGGUUUUGCCAGCAGGUAAAUUUCUGUUGAUGUUUGGAGAAAAUAGCAACUUGAAUUAUUUAUUGGAAUAGGGUUUCUGCCCCCGAAGCUCUCCUGGGUUUUUUUGGGUCAGACUGAGCAGCUGGUCCAAAAAACAAGGGCGGCGAGCAGCUCAACGAAGCCGUUCGGCCGGGCCGGCGGCCCCCUCCUCUCUUAAUGAAGCACCUCCCUCGAAACCCCAGCCGUGGGCUCGGAGGAGCGGAAGAAGCGCAGAGGCGGGAGCGGCGCCGAAGCUUGGCUCCGUGGGGCGUUGUCUCGGGUUGUAAAUUAUUGGUGAUUGAGUUAAUAAAAAGUUGAUUCCUACAA